AUUCCUACAUCUACCUUGUGACCCCUAGCUACACACCAUGGCACAUUCUGGACCAGGGACUGAACUAUCGGCAUGGAGAAGCUUGCUAAAGCUUGCUUAAUGAGCGGAAGCAAACACGAAUCUCGCGUUGAUUGCCUCCUCUCUCCAGAAAGCUCAACGGAACUGCCUUGACAGAUAGAUUUGUAACGAUCAAGCAAACCAAGAUGGAGAUGAUGUCCUCACGGGUGUUGUCUAGGUUUCUGCCGGUCGCGGAGGGAGAUAUUUCAGUCUACGAAGCUUUACGACAGGAUACCACGAGACACGCCGACAUCGAAGCACAAAGAGCUCCACGCGAAUACGACGACUUUCACGAAGAAGACGAGAACCCAGACGCUUUUUUGUACGAUACCACGGAGGAACCAAAUCAAUCAACCGCUGGCGAUUCUCCGCCUGUCAUGCAGAGACAAUCAGAACGAUGGCAGGAUGCGAAAGCUAAGAAGAGUGGUCGAAGGAAAUUGGACACCCUUGACGAUGAAGACGUUCCAGAUUCGCUACUUGUCGAGCCAAAGAGUCAUCGAAUGACGGCCGCGGGACCAACGCAGUGGAGGGCCACACAAGAACAACAAGGCCUUCAUGCCUCCGAGGCGUAUGGCGUCCAGACUAGAGCCAGUCCAACAGCGGAAGCCAUGUGGCUUUACACCAACGCCAACAAUCUUGACGCAUUCCUUGUCGAGGCCUACGAAUAUUUUGUUGGCCAUGGCGUUUACUCCAUUCUGCUCAACCGUGUACUCACCCUGCUUACUGAAGGGUUCGUCUUUGGAUUUGCCAUGUUUCUCACAUCUUGCAUCGACUACUCCAAAAUCCCGCACAGCAAGUCAACUGCGGAGGUGUUGGUCAAACAGUGCGUCGCGAAAUCAUCAUGGUUCAAGAAAGCAAUGUUAUUCUUCUUCAUCAUCUACUGGCUGUCAAAGGCGAUACAGGGUAUCCAGGACUCAAGGCGGCUAUUUAAGAUGCGAAACCUCUACGAACAUGUCCUCGACAUUAGUGAUGACGACUUGCAGACCUCCUCGUGGAGAAGAGUGGUUGACGGUUUGGUGAAGGUGCAGAACGCAAACGUCGCGACAGCCAACCCGGCUCCGCAUCUGAAGAAGUACAUCGAAUACAGGGAGCCGCAGCAACGAUUGACCGCCGAGACGAUCGCCAACAGACUCAUGCGGCAGACCAACUACUAUGUCGUCUUUUACAACAAAGACAUCUUGGAUUUUACCUUGCCCAUCCCAUUCUUGGGCCAGAAGCAGUUCUACUCGAAAAGUCUGGAGUGGUGCAUCGGCUUCUGCAUGACGAACUUCAUUUUCGAUGAGAGAGGCGGCAUCCGCCCGUUCUGCCUGGAGGUGAAAAAUCGAAAGGUGUUGGUCGAAGCCAUGCGCACCCGAUUCCGUCUCGCAGCAUUGGCGAGCAUUGCUUUUGCGCCGUUCAACAUUCUUCGCUUUUGUCUGGUGUACUUCUUCCGAUACUACACCGAGUUCACCCGCAAUCCCUCCAGAGCCAGCGCUCGGGCUUUUACACCAUUCGCAGAGUGGAAGAUGCGUCAGCUGAACGAGCUACAGCAUCUCUUCGACCGUCGUCUGCGCCAAGCGUAUCCAUUCGCGAAUGACUAUGUCAAGGAGGUUCCCAAGGACAAGACCGACCAGAUUUGCCGCUUUGUGGCGUUCGUCAGCGGAUCCUUUGCUGCUGUCCUAACACUUGCGACCCUGCUUGACUCGGAGCUCUUCCUUGGCUUUGAAGUUACACCUGGACGAACAGUCGUUUUCUGGCUGACUGUCAUGGGUGUGAUCUUUGGUGUUGCGCAUGGUGCACUGCCCGACGAGCAUGAGACCCACGAUCCGGUGAGGCACCUCAAAGAUGUGCUCCUCUUCACCCACUACAUGCCAUCGCACUGGAAAGGCCGUCUGCACAGUAAUGAAGUGCGCGCAGAAUUCUCAGCGAUGUAUCAGAUGAAGGUCCUCAUCUUCGUGGAGGAGGUCGCGAGUCUGGUACUGGCACCAUGGAUUUUGUGGCGCAAUUCCGGAAGGAACUGCGAGCGCAUCAUCGACUUCUUCCGGGAAACGACGGUGCAUGUUGAAGGCGUCGGUCAUCAGUGCAACUUCGCAGUGUUCGGCUUCAAAAAGGAUCCGAAUGUUGAAGACCCGACCACAAUGCUCGAAGAGCCUGACGGUCUGCGUGACGACUACUACGGCCUGAAGGAUGACAAGAUGGCGGCCUCCAUGCAGAACUUUCAGCAAUACUACAGUCAUUACACUCAACGCCGGGACCAAUCCGGUGCGCGGAGAUGGCGGCCUCCUCCCUCGUGGCCAGACGUGAUUCCACCACCAUCGAUCGCCGAAGAGGGUGAUGGGUUCCCUACUGCGGCCACGAGACGUACUCCGCCGUCCACGAGAAGAGCGGAUGCUGCGCCCUCAGCUUCUCGAAUCCUCUCACCACAGCAAAGACCACUCAACCCACGCCGCGCGAGACCAGCGCCGUUCUCCCCGCUUUCAGCUCCGCAGACGCAGAGGAAAGAGCCCGCGAGUGGUGGCGGCAUUACCGAGAGCAGAAUCAUGGCGCAGGAUAGUGACUUGCAAGAGUAUGCAGAUGCACCGGGCGCAGCACAGCUGGACAGUGAUACCGAGAAUGAGGAGGGUCCAGAUGACAGCAAAGCGGGUAAUGCAGGCGUUCUCGGCAUGUUGUCGCAAUUCGCUAAAGCGCAGACGGACAAAGCUGGGGGGCCGCCAGGAGUUGGUAUUUAAUUGUACAAGAUUUCAAUGUAUUGUCAGCGGUCUCGAGGCUGACCUGCUGGUGGACCGUCAGAUGGAAUGGAGGCCGUGCUAGGCAAACAAUGCAAGAUCGCCGUGGGCCUUAACUUCGUGCAGAGGCGCAGGUGGAGUUGAUGGCUGAUUGGUAGUGAUCAAUUAUCAGCAGUCAUGAAGCUGACAUGAAGCUGAGGUCGAACAAUGCAUGGCGAGAGCCGCCUUCGAACUAUGGACGGCCUCCAAGUUGAAUUAGAGGCCGUGCUAUGCAAACGAUGCAUCUGUCUCCUGGCUCAUGGUUCUGUGCAUUGAGCCGCGUGCAGCCAUAACCGGUGUGUGCCCGGACCAAAGCUCGAUGACUACAUGUCACAAUGAUUGGAAAACUCGAGUGGGUGUCCUGCGGGUUGGGAGCUCUGUACGCAGCAACCAG